GAGAGAUGACAGCCACAGACACACAUGCGCAACGUGCCCUUUCUUUCCCACGGCCUGCUCACAGCUCACGAUCGGGGAUUAAGGGCGAGAGCUGCCAGCCAGGCCAGAGAGGAUGCGAAUUCAAACAACCGUGCGUCCCGAUCGUACGGCACGUCACGUUUACUUAGUGCCGCAGACUUCAACGGACUUGCCCCGCGCCCCACAUAUGCGCCCUCUGGGCUGUAGCCCUGAGCACGGACUCUUGCUGGCUUGCGCUCUCCAGCCAUCUCUCCUCUCCCCAGUUGGCCCGGCGGCUAUGUCCCCGUCUUCGGGUCGGCUCGGCUCCUUUGCCCCCCUCGCCAGGGCUUCUUCGCAGUCUCUCCCCGGGAGAUCAGCUGUACUCAGGAAACCAGGCAGGCGCAAUCGCCCCCCCCCCUUUAGUUCUUUCUCCCCCGAGUCACCGCAGCAGCGGCGGCUGCCUGGUCCCUGCGCGCGCGGCAGUACAGUUGCGCCGCUGUGCAGCAGAUUGCCGUGGCGCGUGCCAGCUUUGGUUUCGCCGAGGCGCACUGCAUUCGCCUCGCCUCUUGGUGGCGGGCAUGCGCCGUGGCCACCCAGCAGCAAUUUGGAAAGGGGCGGGAGCUGUGACCCUCCCCGCUGCUCCGCGCGCCCUGGAGGCGGGCGCAGCUCGGCUUCCUCCUGCCCCUCCCCUCCAUCCCUCCCCGGAGCAAGCGAGUGUGAGGGAAAGAGACAUACACGCACGCAACACAUACACAUACAUGCAUGCAUACAUGCCAGGGAUACCCAGACGCUAGACAGCGGCAGAAGGGAAGGGGGCGUUAUAGCGGAACGUACAGCCGGAUCCUCCUUGCCAGUCGGGCGGAGGCAGGAGCAGCAGCACAGCCUGACAGAUACUUACGCUACAAGGACGCAGGAGAGGGCGACCCCCGCCUCCCUUGAGUCGCUGCUGUGGCCAGGACGAAGAGGGAGGAAAGGAAGGCGACCCCCGCCCCCGAUCCUGUCCGGUUCAUGGACGCAACGCAAGCCGAGGAGACCGAGGCCUUAUAGUGAUGUGGAUGCUUUGGGCAGCCUGGAGAGAAAAGUGGAUGCCAGUGACAAUUAUGUAAACUUGCAAUUCUGCAACACUUCAGAAAUCCUGUAAAAUGGAGGAACUGUAUAAGGACACACAGAACCUGCCCAUGGAUGUUACCAACCCGCCUUCAGCUAUAACAAGCAACAAGCUAGAAAAUGGAGUUGCCCAGCUGAUAACUGCAGAAGCAUGGAAUAUCAAUUCAGCAGACUUGAUGAAGAAAGCACUUUCGCCACUAGUGACUGUCCCUGCUCCAUCAAUAUUGGCCCCACCGGCAGAAUCUCAAAGUGGGGUUGCACUCAAGGUAGCUGCCACAGUGCUUCAGCCGAUUUGUUUAGGGGACAGCCCUGUGGUUCUGCCAAUCCAUCUGCAAGUAGCAGGAAGCACUGCCCCUCAACUUGCUAAUAAUACUAAUACUCCCUAUGUCAUGACAACUCAAGGACCAGUCCCACUGCCUGUCCUCUUAGAGCAACAUGUAUUUCAGCAUUUGAAUUCUCCACUGGUGUUACCUCAGAGUUCUCCCUGUGCUGCCAACCCCAUCCACAGCAACAUCUUUCAAGGAUCUUCUACCCCAGUUGGACAGCCACAGCUGCUAGAUCAGAAACCAUCCAACACAAGUCAGGAACCCAUCUUGCCUCCUGUGUUUCAGACACCAGGGUUUGCUGCAGUGCUGCAGGACCUCUUUCCCACACAAGGCGCCUUAGGUUCAUCACCCUACCCACCCACACCAGACUGCUCUUCUGUUCCCCCACAGCCCUUCAGUUCCCCUUUGUCUCCAUUGGUUCCCCCAGCCACCCUCUUGGUACCAUAUCCUGUGAUUGUUCCUCUGCCAGUCCCAGUUCCUAUCCCUAUCCCCAUCCCUAUCCCAGUCCCCCAUAAUGCUGAAUCGAAGACCUACAUGGACUGUCCUAAGCCAGCUGCUUCAUGUAUCUUGCGCUCCUGCAAAGGCACCCAGACUCCCCUGGAGAAAGAAGACACAAAACCAUUUGAUGUCAUUCACCACAGGGAGCUUUCCCAACUGAAUCGACACACUGUCAUCAAGAUGGGGAAUGAGAAUGAGGUCCUUGAUCUGUCCAUGAAAACAGCACCCUUGCUUAAGGAAAUAGAGGACAGUUGCCAGCUCUCACCUGAAGAUGGUGCUUUGGACCUCUCAAUUCCUUCCUGUCGGAAGGCUAGCAGCACAGAAUUAACAAGUACCAUUCGCUCUGGAUCCAUGGUGGAUGGCGCUACUCAUUCUAUAGCAGAUAAACUUUCUAGUACUGUGUCACCCUUUGUUCCUUCAAAACCUCAUGAAGCCCCUGCAAAGGUUGAAAGUAGAGUGAUUAGCAGCAGCUCAUCUGAACUCCUGAGGCAGCAGCCCAAGUGGCUGGUGGAUCAGACUAGUAUAGCACCCUGUGAGCCCUCAGCUGGUAAUAACAUUGAGAUUGUGAGCACUUCACAGACGGCCAAAGUGAUCGUCUCCGUCAAAGAUGCGGUGCCUACUAUUUUCUGUGGUAAGAUUAAAGGCCUCUCAGGGGUUUCCACAAAGAACUUUUCCUUCAAAAGGGACAUGCCCCAGGACUCAGUGCUGCAGUGUUAUGACAUGAAGAACCAGCCAGAGGCCCGGGAUAAUGCAGAAGCUCUUAGGAAACCCAUCAAAAACAGGAGUGUCAAGUUAAAGAAAAUGAACUCGCAGGAAAUACAUAUUCUUCCAAUCAAAAAGCAGCGGCUUGCGGCCUUUUUUCCAAGAAAGUAAUUUAUGAGCUUUUAGAAUGUUGAAGGUAUAAUUAUUAAUAAAGAGAUGCACUUCCUUUUAAAUUACAUAUAAAACAUUAAACUAUCUUUUAAGUUAUUUGGAGAUGGACAGCUGUGGGGUGGGUGGGGAAAACUGCAGGAGAGGACUGAAUAUAUCUUCCCAGUAGAUACUCUUUUUUUUUUUUUAAAUCUUAUUGCGUUCUAACUUUUCAUUAAAAGUAAAGAAAAAGCAACAUAUUUUUCAAGUGGAUUGCACAUUUUGCAGCUUUAAUGGAAUAUAAUGGAUGAGUGAGUCAGCUGGGUAAGAGCUAUUUUCACUGCCAUAAAGUGCUUUGAUUAUGUAUUUCUGAACAAUGGUGGGUAGAAUGGAUCUUUCAGAAUAAAUGUUUGUAUGUGUUAA